CUCUUCUGACAUGUGCAUUAUGUUGGUUAUCAUUAAUAUUUAUCAAUGAAAAACACUUAAGAGAAGUGUCUCUACCAGAUACAUGGUAAGGAAUUAUGGGUUUUAGCACUUAAAAAAAAAAACAAGCUAAGCUGUAGCUGCCCUGACUGCAUGAUCAGCGGGUGAUAAAGUGCCUUUGUUUUCACAAGAACGUUAAAAUUACCACCUUAUCCCUUUGGAAGACCAAAAAUCCAAGGGCUGCCCAACAAAUACAAUUUUAUUUCUUGUAGGUCUUUUAUUUUGGAGGAGAGCAAAAGGCGGAAGUUGUAAUAUUUUGGUCGAAGCUUAUUGGCUGAAGGAGUCGAUGACAUCAUGAAUAAAGCGGGCUGAGAAAUGCCUUCACUAUUACCUGCAGUGGCUGAACAACUUUUUCGAGACAUCCAGAAAAUAUACCAGGAAACGUCUCAAAUCCCUGAUGACCUGCUUAUUGCUCUGAAGUUUGUCUUCGGGCCUUGUGCGCUACAAGCUUUGGACCUGGUCGAUCAACAUUCAGUCACCUGUCUGUCAUCUCCCAGUGGGCGCAAGGCCUUCCAGGUGAUGGGAGGCUCAGGACGUUUGUACACCUGUUUUUUGUCCUGUCACUAUUGCCCGUGCCCCGCCUUCGCCUACACCGUGCUUCGCAGAAAUGAGGGCUUGCUGUGUAAACACAUCCUGGCUGCCUACCUUUGUCAGGCCAUGGGCGUGACUCAGCAGGAGAGUGUUUCUGAUCAGCAGAUGUCCAUGCUGCUCAGUGGGACCACAGCCCCCUGACACCCAGGUACGUUCACCACCCAGCACAACAGCUGGACCAGCAAACCUGGCCCUAAAGGGACAGCAUGGAGCCUCCCGGAUGAGAGCCCAUGAUUCAAAUGGACAUUUCAGGCCACUGCAGAGAGGAACACCAUGUUUCCUGGUCUUACAUGUCUCUCUGAAAGACACCAGAUGUUGCUUUAUUUAUUUUUUCUUUUGGAGGAAUUCUUAAUCUGUUUCCAGGGAAACGACAUCUGUUUGUUGAGUGUGAGCUGCUUUUAUUAUUAGGUUAUUUUUAUCUGACGUCACAUUAGUUAGGGAAGCAUUGUGCGUGUGCAGAAACAUUUUCAAAAAUAUGAAUACAUUUUUCCCCCAUGCAUCUUUUGCAAAUGUGAAUUGUCAUAUGAUUUCAAAUUGAAAUUUUAGGAAUAAAGACUGAUCUGUAACAAUAUAAA